AUGAAAACUCGUUUGGGACUGUUACUGCCGCUGCUGUACGGCGGAGCACUGGCCGUUCCAAAAGGUAUUGCCAAAAGUGAUUUGCAGCCUGCGACAGAUGCACCCUCUCCGUUUCGCUCGAGCAACAUCUGUACCGAGAAUAUACCUCGGUGGAAUCUCGACGAUCAUUUCUCCACCUUGCGGCCAGGAGAGGGGAACACAAUUGACGAUACAAUCCUGGACGCACUAGAGAAUAGGGCAGCUUCGUUCGCCAAACAAUAUAAGGGAUCCUUGAACGAAUCUCUUGGGGAAGCGCUUGAAGAAUAUGAGCAAAUCGACGAGGAGCUCGACAAGGUUGUCUUGUACUGGAGCCUUAAGACCAGCCAAAAUGUAACUGAUGACCAACUGAGACGCGAAAGAAGCAAUGUCGACACCAGAGUGAGCAGACUGCGUGCAGAUUACUUAACUUUCCUUCCUCACGAAAUUGCACACAUGACACCCGAGGCGUUACAGCACCUGGUAGACAUAUAUGAGCGACUCCGCCGUUAUCGAUCGUUUGUUGACAAACUCCGCGUACGGGGGAAGUUCAUGCUGGGCGAGCCGAUUGAGAAGGCGCUCAACAUCCGUGCGCCGUGGACUUCCCCAAGCAUUGCCGUGAAAGCCUACCGGAAGCAGCUCAGCUCAGCCACUUUCCGUGUCAAUGGCGACUCAGAAGCUCUUUCCUUCGCACGAAUAAAAGCACUGCUGCGCAGCGAAGACCAGGACACACGACGACGCGCGCAACAAGCUAUCAAAGACGGGCUGGUGGAGAACCGCAUCGAUAAAUUCGCUGCCCUGGCUCUGAACAUGGUAGUCGGCAGUUGGUGCGUCGAGACUCGCGAGAGAGGCUACCGGUCACCUCGUUCCCGGCGAAAUGAGUUGAAUAGGGUCUCCGACGACAUUGUGGACGCUCUAAUAGCUGCAGUAAAGACGGACGGCGUCGAGCUUGCGAGGAGAGCGAUGCUCUUGAAGAAGCGGCUUCUGAUCAAAACGGACCAGAUUCGGACGUUUUCGUUCGUGGAUCGCCUCGCUCCAGUGAUGUUCAACAAUGAUUCGAUGACGGAUGCAGACGCAUAUCUGCCGUGGUGCAGCGCCGUCGCUAUUGUCAAAGAAGGCUAUGCAAGUUUCUCCCCAGUGUUCGUUCGGCUCUUUGAGAAGCUGCUGGAUGAGAAGCGCAUUGAUGCAGCACCCGAAGAUGGAAAGCAGACUGGUGCUUUCUGCAGUGGCGGCACCCCGAGCACAGGCCCAUUCAUCCUUUUGAGUCACACCGGCGUCAAGGCGAACGCCCAGACAUUGGCACACGAAGCAGGGCACGCCAUACACUUCAUGCUUGCGUACCCACACGGUAACCUCCAAUAUCACCCUUCUCUUCCUUUGGCCGAAACUGCAAGUAUAAUGGGAGAAACAAUCGUGUUCUACCAUCUGCUGGAGAAAACGAAAUCCCCUCACGAAACCCUACAGAUGCUUCUCGAGCAUGUGGACAGUCUUGUCGGCACAAUAAUAAGACAAAUCUCCUUCGAUAGGUUCGAGGAGCUUGUGCACGAGGCACGGUUCUCCGGACUGGUGGCGGAUGAGGACUUUGACCGUUACUGGCUUCAAAGCACCAAAGAAUUCUUCGGCGAUGAAGGAGACAUCUUCGACGACUACGUGGGCAUUGAGAAAGACUGGUCCAGUGUUCAUCACUUUACCAAAGCUCCGUUUUAUGUCUACUCCUACGCCUUAGCGGAUUUGCUGGUGGGGUCGCUGCUCGUCGCCAGGGCGCAAAGCAACCCUCGCGACUUCGAAAAAAAAAUCAUUGCUUUCCUUGAGGCUGGCGACACAGCCAACCUCGACGCAGCUCUCCGUCCGUUUGGCCUGGAUCCUACGACGCCAUCUUUUUGGAAAGAAGCCCUCGAAAUGAGGCUUGGCUCUGCAAUCGAAAAGGCAGAAAGCCUUUCGGCCUCACUAGGUUAUAAUUAG